AAGACAAGAUGUGGAGUGGGUUACUACCACCUGGCCUACACGAAAGUGAUGUCGACUCGAAUUCUGAAGACGAAGCCACCUCAGAACCGUCCGGACUUCACGGACAGGAAGCGAAUGAGGAGCAGAUGACUCGAAACCCUUGCACAGCCUCAGACUCACCGGCAGAUGGGCCAACGACAGAAGCAGAGGCAAACAUCAGUGCACGCGAAGAGUGUCCUUCCGGGAUUUCCUUAAAUAUGUGGAAUAAAUUUCAAGAAUUGCAGAAAAAGCAUACAGAACAGAAAACCGCAACCUCAAGAUUCCGGAGGAAAAGAGGAAGACGCCCCAGGAAAGGUAAAUUGAAGAAUGAAGAAGCCUCUCAAAGUGAACAGUUCCCAAAUGAAAAGCAGUGGAAGGAGCUCACUCAGUAUUUUGGGGCCAAUGAUAGGUUUGAUCCCCCUGUAAAAAAGAAAACCGUGGACAAGUCGGGUCUGGAGAAGCGCAUCGACCAGGCUGUGGAGGCCUGCGAUAUCGAGAAGGCUGAGGAGCUCAGCGACCAGCUGGCUACUCGGGAGCUUGGUGUUAAAAUCGCCAAAGCGAUCGCCUGCCACAACUUUGUGAAAGCCAAAAAGGAAGCGGAGAAUUCACAGGUGGUUCGCAAAAAGAAGAAGCUGGCGUGGGGAUUUGAAGCAAAGAAGAGAUGGGAAACCAAGAGCAACAUGGGCUAUAUGUGACUUGCCAGAGAGCUUCCAGAUCUUUCUAGACUGAGUCCCAGGGCUCCUCGAUGCCAUGGAGUGAUGAUCUUGUUUGUGUUAAAGAACACUGGGACGCUGGCAGAAGGGGACGGCUAAGCAUGGCAUUGGGGAGCUGAUUAUCCAGCCUCUGGGACCUCUUUCUAAGGAGCUUGAUCCUUCUGCGGCAGAGCCUUCUGUGCCUGGCUCAAGAUCAGCGAGCGACUCCCAGCGAAGGGAGGGGACGAGCAUGCUUAUAGAUGUUGGCCCACGGUGUCACCUCUCGUCGCCUUCAUGUCGGUGUGGGGUUUGGUCACCUUUCUUCUGGAACCUGGCUCUUCAAGGGGGGUAUUUGUUUAUAAUGGAUUGGUCGUAAGUGCUAAGAAAGUCUCGCUUGAUCCUGCCUUUUACCCGUGGCUCUAACCACCUUAGCACAUGAUAAAGGUAAUUAUUGACUCUUUCCUGGGAGACGGCAGAGUUGAUAUUUCACAGCUACAUGGUGAAAGCACUUUUUGUGUACUGUCAGAUAAACUAUUUCAAUAAAAAAUACUGUAAGACUGCA